GGAGCGCGUGCGCGGUCCAGUCCUGACGCAACAGCUCCUAACUUUUUUUCCCCCUUUUUUCUUUUUUCUUUUUUUUUGCAUGCCUGCUUUCCAUCCAUCAGCCAACAGGCGCAUUAAGGAACUUCGUAUUUUUCGUUGUUUUGUCCUCGUUUGAAGACGUUCCCUCGUUUUAUCUGCGUUUUUUUUUGGUAAAACCAGACCGCCGCACCGUUAAGGAUGUCUUAAAACGCGGAGCGGCUAUCGGUGGAGUUUAUUCCCUCUUUGCCUUCUUUUUCCUCCCCUUUCCUCGCCCCGGCUCCGCGUUGGCGUGUAUGGACCGUGUGGAGGGCAGCAGCGGGUAGAUUAUGCUGGCCGCUGGGCACCAUGGGGGCGAACAGUGGCAAGCAGAGCGGCAGCGAAGGGAAGGCCAGUUCCAGCAUUUCCUCCGACCUGAGUUCAAGUACGGAUCAGACGUCCACCAAAGCUCCAAAGAAUGCAGCUACCAGCGAAGACUCUGACGUGAGCAUGCGAACACUGAGCACGCCCAGUCCAGCUCUCAUCCUUCCUCGCUCCUCACCUGCCCUCUUCAAUGGCUCCUCCACUUCCUCUUCCUCCUUCACCGCGGAGACGGUCGCAAUGGUGCACUCUCCGCCUCCUGCAGGCCUUACACACCCUCAGCGGUGCCUGCGGCAGCCUCGGGACCAGCAGGGGGCGCCCAUUGACAUUCUGCCAGACCACGCUUUCCUGCAGAUCUUUGCCCAUCUGCCCACUAAUCAGCUGUGCCGCUGCGCACGCGUUUGCCGCCGCUGGUACAACCUGGCGUGGGACCCGCGGUUGUGGCGGACCGUGCGGCUGACGGGUGAUGUGCUGCACGUGGACCGUGCUCUGCGGGUGCUCACGCGCCGCCUCUGCCAGGACACGCCCAACGUCUGCCUCACGCUGGAGACGGUAGUGGUCAGCAGCUGCCGCAGACUAACUGACCGAGGCCUGUACACGGUGGCGCAGUGCUGCCCGGAGCUCCGCCGCUUGGAGAUGGCUGGCUGCUACAACGUGUCCAAUGAGGCCAUCUUCGAGGUAGUCUCGCGAUGCCCUAACCUGGAGCACCUGGAUGUUUCAGGGUGCUCUAAGGUGACCUGCAUCAGCCUGACCCGAGAGGCAUCCAUCAAGCUAUCUCCUCUGCACGGCCAGCAGAUCUCCAUCCGUUUCCUGGACAUGACUGACUGCUUCGCCCUGGAGGAUGAGGGCCUGCACACCAUUGCGGCUCACUGCACGCAACUCACACACCUUUACCUGCGCCGCUGCGUGCGCCUGACCGACGAGGGCCUCCGCUUCCUCGUCAUCUACUGCCCGUCCAUACGCGAGCUCAGUGUUAGCGACUGCCGCUUUGUUAGCGACUUUGGCCUGCGCGAGAUCGCUAAGCUCGAGGGUCACCUGCGCUACCUCAGCAUAGCGCACUGCGGGCGCAUCACAGACGUGGGCGUGCGUUACAUCGCUAAGUACUGUGUCCGGCUACGCUACCUGAACGCACGUGGCUGCGAAGGACUCACGGACCAUGGCAUCGAGCACCUGGCCAAGAGUUGCUCCAAGCUGAAGUCUCUGGACAUCGGCAAGUGCCCGCUUGUGUCGGACGCGGGCCUGGAGCUGCUAGCACUAAACUGCUUCAAUCUGAAGAGACUUAGCGUUAAGGCUUGCGAGAGCAUCACGGGCCGUGGCCUGCAGGUGGUGGCGGCCAACUGCUUCGACCUCCAGCUGCUGAACGUGCAGGACUGCGACGUGCCGCUAGAGGCACUGCGCUUCGUCAAGCGCCACUGCAAGCGCUGUGUCAUCGAGCACACGAACCCAGCCUUCUUUUGAACCCUAGAGGCCAAUGAAAAAGGCAAAAUAGAGUGGCUCGUGCCUGAAAGGCUGAUACAUAGACAGGAACAGCUGAGGAACCCUUCCCCUAAAGAAGCUAAUUUGGCUACAGUGAAUGGAAGCUAAUGGGGAGUAGCAGAAUCUCAUUUGCACAGUGCUAACUAGCCAUGUUUCCAUUCGCUAUUGGCACUUUCGGGUGAAGCAUUUCAGCAAGUUCUGGCUACAGUACAAUGUCAAGACAAUCUUCAUGGGAGUCUCAUGACAAUGUUUUGAAUAAAGCAGCACACUGAAUGUGACGAUACACUGCAAAGACAAAAGACUAACGAUUAGCAAACCUUCAUUCUGAUUGUGUCUGUGUUCCCACAGAGCUGUACGUUCUUUACAAAGAGCAGCAGAAAUCUGUCUGUUUCCUUAAAGAGUGAAACGUGAAGCGUUUAGGGAUGUGCAGUCUGACUGAUUGUGACGAGGAUCCGAUAUUCAGUUAACCACCAAGAAGAAAAAUAAACGACUAUUGUUCUGAUAUUAGCAUAUCGUAAUACACAGACAGGGUAAAGCGGUGCGCUUUGUGCCAGCAGGCUAAAAAUACAGUAAAAAGAACAAAACCUAGCACCUCACAGAGGUGGUCCUUUGAAAACGUGUCUUAUUAAAAAGUAACAGCCCAAGGAAAACUUUCGGUCACUGUACUUGUGUAACAGGGGCUGCCUUGAAUGAGCUAAUGAGCUAACGCUAGUGCUCGACCCAGUGCAGAACUAGAUGGUGAUGAUUUUGUCAUCUUCAGUCUUCAGAAGCCAACAUGUUGGUUUUUCACAAGUAAAAUAUCUUUUCAUUGUUUUUGGUACUAGCUAACAAGCAGGACUGCCCCUCAUUGACAUCUUUGAUGUUUGUCAGACGCUAGAAGGCGAUGCUGAGGGAGUCCAAAAUAAAUGGGUUCCUAUGGGGUUUUUGUGGAAAUUGUAGUUUGUGUGUGCUUAAUCGGUUUUAUACAGGGAAAUAACAGGAUUAUAUAUUUUAUGGACAUUUUGUAUGGAUAUUUUAUUUUAUAGAUUAUAUAUUAUAUAUUUUAUGGACAUUCAUGACACCCGUGAUGUUUGCCCACUGAUAAGAGAGAAAUACCAGUAAUGCAAAAACCAGUAAUUGCCUGAAAUCUGUUUGAUGUGGAAAAUGCAGAGACAUACUUUUUUUGAGUUUUUAAAGAAACACUUACCUUUUACUUUCCUAAAUGAAAGAAUGUUCAUGUAUAAAUGGAUAGAAACAUAUUUAAAAAACGUAUUUUAUUCUCAGCCAUUAUGUUCCGUUUAUGCACGUUCUUUGAGGCCUUAUAGUAUUUUGGAGUCAUGUUUUGUUAUAAUGGGAGAAAUAGGAAGUGGCCAGGCUCCCCCUAAAACCCAAGUGUCAAACACAAGACCAAGUCAGUCCUAUUUGGCCCACAAAAUUAUUUAAAUUUUCUGUUCUUAUUAGCCCUUUUCACCUUAUGGUGCACUACAGUCCCAGCAUGCACUGCAACAUAGUGUGCGUUCUGACCCCUUCCCCCAACAAUAAUCUAUGGCCCAGCGCUUCACAACCCACAUUCCAAAACCAUCUGACCCGGCAGGCAAGUGGGAAACAUUCUUUACACACACUGAAAUUCUGAUGAAGGCUGUUUAUAUAAAUACUAACCCAAACAUUUUAUUCAAUUACAUUUACAUAACAUAUUUAUUAAAAUAAGAACUUAGAUAGUAAGAAAGAAACAUUACAUGUUUUGCUUGAGGUCCUCACAAACACCAAGGCUGGUGUCUGAAGCACACCCCACAUUCCAAAACCAUCUUUUGCCUGUUGAGUGCAGUUACACAUUUCUACCAGAGAGGGCUCCAAAUCAUCAAAGCUUACAUUGUGCAGCCUUAAAAGUUCAUGAACUGUUGGCCUGAAUGUUCUCUCUGACUUUCUGUGAUACCACAUAACACUGGAAUCGUGAUUUCAGUAUUCCAAACUUGGCAUCUGGGAUGGUUAACUGAAUACUCCAUUGCACAUCCCUAGAAGCUUUUGUCUUUGUAUGUAUGAAGCACCAGAUUUCCUUGAAAAUGGUCACCAAAUUUCGUAGCAAAGUCAGUUUAAUGUAUCCAGACCUUUGAGUGUCACUGAUGGAAACUUCCACUGUCAUUAAAUAUGACUGGGAUUUUAUUAUUUUUUUUAAUCAAGGACUCGUUUUUAUGUUUUUACUCCAUAUUUAUAUAUGUUUUUUUCUGUAUUUUCUGAUACCGUCCCCUUACACUUGUCUGAUUUAUAUUACAGAUAACAUGUACAGAAGUAUAUAUUCUAUUUGAAAGGGAUUUUUAAGGAAUGAAUGACUAGCAGUGCAGUUUGUUGUCACAUGGGAGACCCAAUGAAGUAUAAUAUAAAGAAUGAAUCAUGAAGACCACAAUGAAUUCGACAUAUUGUACAGUGUGUAACAUUAUCCAGUCUUCCCUGACCACAGUAGCCUACAGUUUUACAGAAUGUUUACAUGUGAUUUUGCUGUGCUGAAUGUUAGUAUGUCUGGUUCAUCGAUUUAACAUGUAUUAUGUGGACUUUUCAUUUAAGACAUGACAGUUUUUUUUUCACAGAAAAUGAAUAUGACUUAAGGUAACCGGGCAGUUCAUGAAGCAGUGCCAAUUUAACCAUGAUGAUGACCUUAAUAAUGGUCAGUAAUGCUCAAUUUUUUUUUCAGAUGUCUGAAAAGAGGGAAAGAGGGAGCAUCAUGGUGGAAUAAAAAGGUCAAAGCCAUAUUAAAAGGGA